AUGGCAACUCAAGUCACGCCGUCGAAACAGGCUGCUUCGAACCUCGAGAACCUCAAGUUCGGGGAUUCACCAACCAAGCAACCUGUCUUCGUCCAAGAGGAUAAGGAGAACAUGCCUGCUCCCCUCGAACCGCUGGCAACAGCCACUGAAGAAGAUCUCAAGAAGCCCGUCACAGAGAUCGUGAAGACAACUCCAGAGGUCAAGGUCGCUCCAGGAAUCAAGUCUUUGGAAGCAGAUGAACCACUUCUGCAAGAGAACCCAAACAGAUUCGUGCUCUUCCCAUUAAGAUAUCAUGAGAUCUGGCAAGCAUACAAGAAGGCUCAAGCUUCCUUUUGGACUGCCGAAGAGGUCGAUCUCUCAAAGGACCUCCACGACUGGCACAAUAAGCUCAACGACGAUGAACGAUACUUCAUUUCUCACGUCCUUGCUUUCUUCGCCGCCUCAGAUGGCAUUGUUAAUGAGAACCUACUCGAGCGCUUCUCCGGCGAAGUCCAAGUGCCGGAAGCUCGCUGCUUCUACGGCUUUCAGAUCAUGAUGGAGAACAUCCACUCCGAGAUGUACAGCUUGCUCAUCGAUACAUACGUCAAGGAGCCAAAGCAGAAGCAAUAUCUCUUCGAUGCCAUUGACACAAUUCCUUGCAUCAGAAAGAAAGCCGAGUGGGCCCUGAGAUGGAUCUCGGAUAAAGAAAGCACAUUCGCUCAACGUCUUGUGGCAUUUGCUGCAGUUGAAGGUAUCUUCUUUUCUGGCUCUUUUGCAUCCAUCUUUUGGUUGAAGAAGCGUGGCCUUAUGCCAGGCUUGACCUUCUCCAACGAGCUUAUCUCUCGUGAUGAGGGUAUGCACACCGACUUCGCGUGCCUGUUGCUUUCACAUCUAAACCACCGCCCGAGCAAAGAGGUCAUCGAGAAGGUCAUCAUCGAAGCUGUUGCCAUCGAGCAGGAGUUCCUGACAGAGGCUCUUCCAGUGGCCCUUCUAGGCAUGAACAGCAAUCUUAUGAAGCAAUACAUCGAGUUUGUCGCGGACAGACUGCUUGUCUCCAUGGGUAACAGCAAAUACUACAGAGUCACUAAUCCGUUCGACUUCAUGGAGAACAUCUCCCUUGCUGGCAAGACCAACUUCUUCGAGAAGCGAGUUGGUGAUUAUCAGAAAGCAGGUGUCAUGGCUAGCGCUAAGAAGGCCAAGUCAGAAGACAAGCAUGAAAAGAUACCCGGUGGCAUGUCUGCUAUCGCAUCUAACACGAUCCAAGAGUCCUCAGAUGAAAGUGGAUUGAACUUUGACGAAGACUUCUAG